ACUGGGAUUAGGGAUAAAACUGGGAUUGGGGCUGGUUUUGGGGUUUGAGCUGGGACUGGGGAUAGAGCUGGCAUUGGGGCUGGUUUGGGGGUUUGAGCUGGAAUUAGAUCUAGGAUUUGGGUUAGAGCUGGGACUGGGGCUGGGAUUGGAAUUAGAGCUGGAAUUGGGGCUGGAACUGGAGUUGUGGCUAAAUGUAGGGUUGGGGUUUGGGCUGGGGCAACCAUCCCUCCGCAUACAUCGAUGGCAAGAGGCAGCCGUUACCCACUCGUUUGCAUUUCUCCACUAUUUCUGGCCACACUCUUCACAGGUAGAAAAAUUACAUGUUUUUGCGCAAAACUAAAUAUAAUUAAUUUAUUUUUUAACAGGUCCCAUGUGGCGUCUGCUGGUCCAUAUGGAUUGGGGCAGGCUGGGUGUGGAUGAUGCUCCGUGGUGAUGGGUGGAAGGAAGCAAGAAACCUGCAGGACAAAGAGUGGGAGCCGAUCUUCGAAAACAUUCAAACCCAAGAAGAACAUUCCUGAAGGCUCCCAUCAGUAUGAACUCCUGAAACAUGCGGAAGCGACGCUGGGGAGCGGUAACCUCAGACAAGCAGUGAUGCUGCCGGAGGGAGAGGACCUGAACGAGUGGAUCGCAGUUAACACUGUGGAUUUCUUCAACCAAAUCAACAUGCUGUACGGGACCAUCACGGAGUUCUGCACGGAGGCCAGCUGUCCCGUCAUGUCCGCGGGACCGAGGUACGAGUACCACUGGGCAGACGGCACCAACAUAAAGAAGCCCAUCAAGUGCUCAGCUCCAAAAUACAUCGAUUACUUGAUGACGUGGGUGCAGGACCAACUGGAUGAUGAAACCCUCUUCCCUUCAAAGAUCGGUGUCCCCUUUCCCAAGAACUUCAUGUCGGUGGCCAAGACGAUCCUGAAGCGGCUGUUCCGCGUCUACGCCCACAUCUACCACCAGCACUUCGACUCCGUCAUGCGGCUGCAGGAGGAGGCCCACCUCAACACCUCCUUCAAGCACUUUAUCUUCUUCGUGCAGGAGUUCAACUUGAUCGACAGGCGGGAGUUGGCUCCUCUGCAGGAGCUGAUCGAGAAGCUGGGCUCCAAGGACAGAUAAACCAUUCCCUGGAGGACCCUUUUGGCCGCUCCUCUCCGCUUCGUACGCCGCCACUUCUACGCUUCGCCUUCAGCGACGCAGGCCCCGAGACACCAGACAGUGCUCCCAGCAGCACCGGUCCCUGACCAGGCAGCACUUCUACCCCGCGAUGGUUUAGAAGCUGAGGUGACCUGCUCCAUGUUCCACCUGCUCAAGUCUGGUGAGAACAGCACCCGGGUUCAGGGUGGGACUCAGCCUUGGAGGGGGUUUUGCUCCCCACAGGUGUGGGGCAGAGCUCUGAGCGCUGCUUUCUACUCCCCAAUUUUCCUCUGGCCCCCACGGACACAGUGCUUGGCCUCUGAGCUGCCUGCCCGGGGGGUGUGCUUCCCCCUGGGAGAGAGCUUAUUUUUGGAAGUGCUUUUUUUUUGGAGGAGACGAUGCACUUAGAGCCUUAAGCUCCCCUUUGGCAGCAGCACUGUGGGGGGGAGGAAAAGAAGUGCCUGGCCCAAGGGGAGCCUGUCCCCUGCCUGGAAGAGCAGCUUGCUCGUGUUCCCAGCACAGUGGGGGGAGCUGAGGGAGGGACCCAGCAAUAAUAAAGUUUCUCCUUCCUGCUCUUCUCUCA